AUGGCACCAUUCGCCUUCCUACAGGUUAUGCCCCCAGCUUGGACUAAGCAGGUUCACUUCGAUCUCGAUCUUACAUGGCAAAACGGUGCACCAGAUGGCAAUAUGCGGGAGAUGAUCUUCAUGAAUGACCAGUUCCCCGGACCUGAGCUUCGACUAAACCAGGGUGACGGUGACAAGGUUGAAGUUCUUGUACAUAACAGCUUGCCUUUCAACAUCACGGUUCACUUCCACGGUAUUGAGCAGCGGAAUACUGCGUGCCCUGGUCCCGAUGUUCAGCAGCCAUUUCGUCUCAUCUCGAGCAACGAGAAUGAUAUCGAGGCGAUAAAGGAAGCAGAAAAGAACCCUCAACUUGUUACAGUGUCUGAUUGGGGCCACCUGAUAUCUGGACAGUACCGGAAGGCAAUGGAGGACAACCGCUUAGGUGUUUUCUGCUCAUACAGUGUCCUUAUAAAUGACCGUGGAGCAGUAUUCUGCCCAGGCACUGAAAAUAUUUUCAAUCUGGAGCUUUCCUACUUGAAGACUGCUAUUGGUAAUCAGCCAUUGAGAGGCAAAGGAAGCACUCCUGCUUCUGUCAUGCCCUUGGACAACAGAGCUAUCAAGCCUUAUCCUCCCGUCACCACCCCAAAGUCUGUCGACCAGCUGGUCAGCCUCACUAUUGGCCGCGUUGACUCUGCAUACAUGUGGUCUACAUUUGGUGGUGGGUUGUAUGACAUGAUAACUAAGUAG